AUGAAACGAAAGCAACUAGAGGAAGAAUACAGCGCAAGCACAAAAUCAGAUUUUUCGAAAAAGCGUAGGAUUCAGAGACAGCUAGAACUGCUAAAAGACGACCAAAAGAGCUCGGAUGAAGGUCAAUCGUCAUCAGACGAAGAAGAGGACGAAGAAGUAAAGAGUAAAGAGCGUGGCGGUGAUACAACGGAGGGAUACGAAAGGUACUUUUUGGACCUUCACGGCAAGGCACAGACAUCCAACAACACAUUAUCCAAGCUACAAGUACUCGAACCACACGAAUUUCAUUUGAUAUUACAAAAGACACAAAAGAAGCAUCGAUCAGAGAUGCAUACUUUAUUUGAAAUGCAAAAGCAGCAUUUUUCACAAUGGUACUUUGAGCUUCACUCUGGAUUUAACCUUAUUUUCUAUGGUUACGGCUCAAAACGAAACCUCUUGAACGAGUUUGCACAAACAGCAUUAACAAAUGGGCCUCUAGUCGUCAUCAACGGCUUCUUUCCCUCCAUCUCUAUCAAAGAUAUCUUACUUAAAAUCACAGCAGGUGCAUUAGGAGUACAGGUACCAACAGGACAAAUACAAGAUCAUGUCGCGUAUAUUUGCAACUAUUUCUCUCGAGAGGACCGAGAAUACGACAGUCUUUACAUCGUCAUUCAUAAUCUGGAUGGACCUAACCUUCGUAAUGAACGAACGCAAACAGCCCUUUCUAUGCUUGCCAGUGCAAACAAUAUACAUCUUGUUGUGUCUGUGGAUCAUAUCAAUGCAGGUCUUUUAUGGGAUAAUGUUAAAUCAAGUCGGUUUAAUUGGAUAUGGCAUGACGCCACUACGUUUGAUGAUUAUCUAGUAGAGACUAGUUUUGAGAAUUCACUAUUGAUUCGAUCAAGUGAACUAGGUGGUGCACGCGGUGCCAAAUACGUGCUAGAUUCAUUAACAACAAACGCUCGUGGAGUGUUCAAGAUAUUGGCAGAGCAUCAGUUAAUGGAGAUGGAAAUUGCCAAUAUGGACGGUAAAGGAAAUGAAUCGGUUGGUCUUAGCUAUGGACAAUAUUAUCAAAAGUGUCGAGAAGGAUUCUUUGUAUCAAGUGAUCUAGCCUUACGCACAGAGCUGACAGAGUUUAGAGAUCAUAAAUUGAUCUCUAGUAAAAAGGCAAUGGAUGGUACAGAACUAUUUUUUAUACCACUAGACAAGUCUACGUUGCUGCAUAUCUUGGAACAGAUGUAG